AUGAGCUUGCAAAUUCGGUCACUAGUUGUUUUGAACAAGAACAAAAACGAUGUAACACCAGCAGCAGCCACGGAAGAAUAUGAUUUUAUUGUUGUUGGAUUAGGUGCUGGUGGUUCAGUGAUUGCUUCACGCUUAUCUGAAAUACCACAUUUGACUGUAUUAGGUGUUGACAGUGGCCCUAAUGAAAAAGAUACAGAUGAAGAUCCUAAUUCUAGUGAAUUUACUUUCAAUUUUGUAUCACCACAUGAUCCGUCGAUUGUUAGCACGCCAUUAAAAGCUGGUAAUAAUAAGAUAAUGUAUAUACCGCGUUUUAACGGUCUCGGUGGUACUGCACGUCUCUACGGUGGUAUCAACGUUCGUCCAUCACGUGCUAUACUUGAACGAUGGCCAGAAAAUUGGAGAUAUGAUGAUUUAUUACCCUAUUAUAAAAAGAUUGAAGAUCAUUAUUGUUAUUAUUAUCCAGCGAAUGAAACUGGUAUAUCCGACGAAGAUUGUCAGAAAUAUCAUGGCAAAGAUGGCCCUUUACAAGUAAAUCCAACAUAUUUACCAGAAUUUGCCAAUAUUUCAAAAUUUUUUGAACCAAUUUGUAAAGAUUUCAAACAAUUAUGGCGUGGUUAUAAUUCUGAUUUAAAUGGUGCUAAUCAUCUUGGAUGUUCAUUAUUUCAGCGUUAUUAUAAUCGAAAAGGAAACCGUACAAAUGUACAAUCAGAUUAUUUUCUUGGAACAUCAUUUCAAGGAUAUAUAACACACUCGGUAUCCAAACGAACAAAUCUACGAAUACGAGCGGCUACCAGUGUUAUCAAAAUUCUCUUUGAUACUUCUUCUACACCACCAAAAGCAACAGGUGCUGUUAUACAGAACGGUACAGGUAUUUAUACGAUUAAAGUAAAAAAAGAAGUGAUUCUUGCUGGUGGUGCAUUUGCUACACCACAUUUACUCCAAAUUAGUGGUGUAGGUGAUCCAGUACAUCUUCAAUCAAUUAAUGUUUUGCAAACUGCAACAAACUAUCAUGUUGGUCGUAAUCUUCGUGAUCAUGUAGCUAUUCCAAUGAUCUUUCGAGUAAAAGAUAAAUAUUCAACAUAUCCAAAUCAUGAAAAUGUUACAACACCACCGACAUAUAGAAAAUCAAUUCCAAAUGGUAGUAAAUCCUGGAUAAUUGCAUUGAACACCGGUUUACGUAAUGAUAAUAUUACAGAUCUUCAGAUAUAUUUUUCAGAUACAAAUUAUCAUUCUCCUGAUGGAUUUAUGAAUCCAAACCCAAGAGAAUGUCGAUUCGGAUCAAAUGGAUAUAAAGAACAACCAUUAGCCGAAAUAACACUGAGAAUGAUCCUACAAGAUCCAUCCUUUUCAGGUACAGUUAUGGCUACUAGUGGUAGUUUGAGUAAUAAACCAAUAAUCAACUUCAAAUGGGAACAAAUAUCUUAUUAUGAAUACGGUGUAUUCAAUUUGACAGUGGAUGCCAUUAGAAAACUAUUAAAUACUACUGAAUGGGGUAAUCUAAUAUCGGAUGAAUUAUUUCCUGGUAAUGAUACAACAAUUAAAGAAUUUAUCAAUGGUCAUCUUGAAUCAGCACUUCAUCCAAUAUCAACAUGUCAACUUGGUCUUUGUUGUGAUACAAAUCUCCGUGUAUACAAUAUAUCAAAUGUUCGUGUAUGCGAUGCAUCAGCAUUUGGCGAACAAGUUGAUGCGAAUCCGUCAGCGACAAUAUUUGCAUUAGCCGAAAAACUAUCAGACAUUAUCCGAAAAGAAUAUGGUUAUGCCUCGUCGAGCAAAAGUCACGAUUUACUCGGUGAAGAAAGACUGCGAGCAGUAGCAGAAGGUGAAACAAUUUCUAGUGAUACAAUAGAUAAAUUAAAAGACUAUUCACAAAUUUUCCCGCACGCAUCUUAA